GUUGCUUAGAAGUGGUCACACUGAUAGACAGACGCGCCGUUUUGCAGAAAAAUUACUUACAGGCAGCCCAUAAUGGCAGAUUCGGACGACGAGUACGACCGUAAGCGGCGGGACAAGUUCCGUGGAGAACGCAGUGAUAGUUAUCGAACAGAGCGCCGUGACGAGCGCCGUCCUGUUGGCGGUUCUGCCGGCGCUCGCGACGAGUGGUCAGAACGCAAUCCCUUCAGGGGCGGGGCUUCCGCAGGCGGCGGCGGAGGAGCCCGCCACAGACCGGACUACAGCGACUACCGGGGUCCUGGGGCUAGACCCCGCUAUGGUUCACCUGGUCGGGAUCUGCCGCCCGCCAAGCGAAUGCGGCCUGACUGGGGCGACGGAGAGGCACGGGCCAAUCCGAGGUUCGGGGGAUAUGACCCUUACUUGAUGCAGGCCUGGAACGACCACUACCAGUCCAUACACUCGGCAUACUCCCACGGUCAUGCCCCACCUACUCGGGAGCCAGUUAGCAGUGGCAGCGACACCCUGACCCAGCCCGCUAUGCUCAACCUUAAACAGUUCCUUGAUACCCAGGACGAAAACAUAUCUGACUCGGAGGUUAUGCGCAAGUACACCGAAUAUAAAACGGACUUCAAGCGGCAGCAACUUAACGAGUUUUUCGUGGCCCACAAGGACGAGGAAUGGUUCAAAAAUAAAUAUCACCCUGAAGAUAGUGUAAGGCGAAGCGAAGAGCAGCGAGGCUUUUUACAGAGGCGCACGGAUGUUUUCGUGGAAUUGCUGGAGAACGGCACUAUUGGAGGGGUCAAGGUGGAUUCUUCACAAGGUGAUGCACUGAUACGUGUACUAGAUACCUGUGUUAUAAAGCUUGAAGGCGGCACUGAUGAGGAUCUCAAAGUGCUUGACGAGAAGCCCAGGGAGGCGGUAACCUAUGAGCGAAAGGCGGAGCCCACAGACUCUGUCAAAUUAGCAGAGGAAGAAAUAAAGAGCCCCAAAGAAGAGAAACUGAAUGAGGAUGAUUCGUUGCCCAUGGUUGUGUCACCGCAGCGCAAAACUGUGAAACCUGUCAACUCUGAUGACGAGAACUGGGAUGAAGAGGAAACGGCAACUGCGCCCCUCAAGCAAGAGGUGAAGGAGGAUUCAAAGGCCACUGGUUCCAGUAUUGAGGAAAAAACCAAUGAAAAAAAGGCAAAGAAGCGCAAAAGGAAUAGCAGCGAUGAUGACAGCUCCUCAUCUGAUACCGAAUCCAGCUCUAGUUCGGAUGAUGAGAAGCUUAAAGAGAAAUACGAUGUGGAAGAUGGGUUACGGAGGGAGCAAAAAGCCGAGGCCGAAAAGGACAGACAAGAAUCGACCAAAGCUAAGCAAGCCCCGGAGAGUCCAACCCCAGAAGCGACAGUUGAAAAGGAAAUUUCUGACCCUGAAGAACCGACCGCCAAAGGCGAUGCUAGUAAAAAAGACGAAACAGAAAAGGCACCGGAACCUACUUCGAGUACGCUUAAGGAUGCGGAAAACGGAGACCUAAACAAAAAGGAUGGAAGUGACGAAAAACCUUCGGGUGAUGAAAAAAAGAUUGUGGAAACCGAGACCAUAGACCUGGACAAAUUAAAAGAUGGUCAGCCAAGGGCUCUGCAUCGCACUUCCUCUAUCUUCCUGCGCAACUUGGCUCCUUCCAUAACAAGAGCUGAGAUCGAGGCGGUAUGCAACCGUUUUAACGGCUACCUCAGGGUGGCCAUUGCAGAUCCAUUAGUAGAACGUCGUUGGUAUCGCCGUGGCUGGAUAACCUUUAUGAGGGACGUUAACAUCAAAGAGAUUUGCUGGGGCCUGAACAACCAGCGACUGCGAGACUGCGAAAUGGGUGCUAUUGUCAAUCGAGAUUUGAGUCGUCGAGUACGACCAGCAAACGGUAUCACCGCGCACAAGCAGGUGGUGCGCUCAGACAUAAAACUAUGCGCAAAGAUCGCUCUUAAUCUGGACGAAAGGUAUAGGCUGUGGACGGAUAAUACUUCUGCUAACAGUGUGAGCGAAACCUCGGCGAAUGGUAGCGGCGCCACGUAUGGCUUCAAUUCAAAAAAUCCGGUGCUUCAAAACAUCACCGACUACCUCAUCGAAGAGGCGUCCGCAGAGGAAGAAGAGCUUCUCGGGCUAACUGGCGAGAGCAAGGACAGCGAGGGAGAGCCCAUUGAGCGAGACGAGCAAUUAAUAGCCGUUCUGGACCGCCUGGUGCUUUACUUACGAAUCGUUCACUCCGUGGACUAUUACAACCACUGUGAGUACCCAUACGAAGACGAGAUGCCCAACCGCUGCGGCAUCAUUCACGCCCGUGGUCCAGCUCCGGCUCGGGUUACGAGUAACGACGUGCAAGAGUAUAUCAAGACGUACGAGAGCAAGCUGCAGCAAUUCCUUACCAAGAUCGUGUUACUGAGUGACGAUGAGAUUAAGGACCUGGGCGCCAAGGACGCUGAGACCGAGGUUGAAAAGUUUGUGCAGGCCAACACUCAGGAGUUGGCUAAGGAUAAAUGGCUGUGCCCGCUUUCGGGCAAGAAGUUCAAGGGGCCCGAGUUCAUUCGCAAGCAUAUCUUUAACAAGCACGAGGAAAAGGUCGAAGAGGUGCGCAAGGAGGUGCAAUACUUUAACAACUACUUGCGAGAUCCAAAGCGCCCGCAGCUGCCCGAACAUCCUGGAAGUUCUAAGCGACCAGACUCUGAGUCUGCACGAGGAGGCGGUGGAGGUUACCGCCAACCAAUGUACCCACCCUUUUCGGCAAUGCCUUAUGGCUUUGGCCCACCCAUGAUGGGUGGCGGCCGUGGAGGACGCAACUUUCCUCCCGUUCGCAGACCCGGUGGUUUUGAUUAUCGACCCAGAUCACACUACCGGGACUUGGACGCGCCGCAAGAACCGUACUAGAACUAGUUGUGCGCAGAUCACAAGCUAAAUCAAUUGUAUUUAUCACAUUAACUGUAAACACUCAAAUUAAGUUAUCUGAAUUGACGCCUGUUUUGUACGGUAUACUUUUGUAUUUAACGGAAAAAAGCGAAUAAAGUGCAAAUGAAAAGCGAA